AUGUGUUCAUAUCAAUUCAUUUAUUCUUSUUUUCUUGUAUUUCAGAGAAAUUAUCAAUUUGACUUCUUGAGACCACAGCACAGCUUGUUCAACUAUUUCACUAAACUUGUUGAACAAUACACAAAGGUCCUUAUACCACCAGCCAACAUCAAAAACAAGCUUAGAAUUGAUGUMAAUGACCCUCACAAGAUCCUCGAUCGUGUUAAGUACAGAGUUGAGUGGGUGAAGCAUCAAGAACGAGAGAAGCAAAAGCUGGAAGAUGAGAAAGAAAAAGAACGAGUUGCAUUUGCAUCUGUUGACUGGCAUGAUUUUGUGGUCGUUGAAACAGUGGAAUUUAAAGAGAAUGAAGGAGGCUCACUGCCACCUCCAGUAACAAGAGAACAACUGGGAGCCAGAAUCUUAGCUCAAGAACGUUAUGAGAAAUUUAAGGGAGAAGCUGUUACUAACGAAGAUGUCAACAUGGAUGUUGAAAUGGAGGUGGAUGAACCCAGCAAUGAACCUCCAUUACCUCCCCCUUCAAGAGAGGAUAUGGAUGUUGAUGGGCCUCAACCACCUAAACAGUCCGAACCUGUCAUCAAACCCCCACCCCUCCCUCCCUCAGGUCCAGGUGCMUAUGCACAGAUUCGACGUGACUAYGAUCCUAAAGCRCCCAAAGCGGCCCCUACUCCUUUGGUGCCUGAAAAGUUCCUUAUUUCGCCCAUUACUGGUGAACGCGUGCCUGCUUCUCAAAUGGCUGAACAUAUGAAAAUUAAUUUAUUGGAUCCUCGCUGGAAAGAGCAGAGAGAUAGGGCAAUGAGCGAGAAAAAGACGCAAGAGGAAGUUUUUGCAGAAGGUGUUGCCAUUGGAAGCAGUCUGAAACAACUUGCAGAAAGACGUACAGAUAUCUUUGGUGCUGGUGAUGAAGAGACAGGAAUUGGUCGCAAAAUUGGUGAAGAAGAGGAGAAGAAACCAGAAAAAGUCACAUGGGAUGGACAUACUGGCUCAAUGGCCGCCACGUCAAGAAGAGCWCAGGCUGGUAUCACUGUGGAACAGCAAAUUGAAGCCAUUCACAAGUCUAAAGGGCUAAUACCAUCAGAAGAGAGCGAAAGAAUAGGUCCAAAAGUCCCACAACACCCUUCUGUUGCAGAAAUUAUACGGGGUGGACCUCGGCCACCAACAGGGGCAAUGCCCCCACCRCCAUCUGCUAUGAUGAAUGUACCACCCCCUCCCCCUCCGUCUAUGCCACCAUCUGGACCACCAAAGUUUAUGGGUGUUCCACCUCCUCCACCACCUGGAGGACAUCCAAUGCCGCCCCCUCCCCCUCAGUUUAUGAGCAUGCCCCCAGGACCACCCCCUAUGCCCAUAAGACCUCCCCCACCACCUCCCCCCUCAAACAAGAGAGAACACGAGCCUGAUGACUCAGCGGCCAAGAAAAGCAGAAUGGAAGGCUCAGAGGCAAAUCUYAUCCCAGAGGAGGUGUUCUUGAGGACGAAUCCUAACCCAGUGACGUUUACUGUUCAUAUUCCUGGCAUGCCCGAUAAGAGUGAAUGGAAACUCGAUGGGAAACCAAUCAGCCUUACCCUACCCCCCACAGACCAGGUUUCUGUCAUUAAGGCGAAGAUUCAUGACGCUACUGGUAUGCCUGCUGGCAAACAAAAACUGCAGCUUGGGGGUAUUUUCAUCAAAGAUUCCAAUUCUCUCGCGUACUAUAAUUUUUCGCCAAGCAGUAUUGUACAACUACAACUCAAAGAGCGUGGUGGACGAAAGAAAUAAGAUUGUUGUUUAUUAACAUUUUCAGUGCUGUGAUACUUAUAAGCUCUAUGUAUUCUCGUAAGUCUUGUAGUUCUCGGCUAAGUGUCUAAUU